ACUAAACCAAAGUCAGCUGUAUUCAUGCUCGCCGCGCAUGCGGCCUGCUUCACAUCAUUGUUGCGUAGUUUGGGCGCGGCUAAUUAAGCCAUUAAAUUGCUUUUAAAACGCAUCCCAAGGUCGGAUCACGCGAUUAUGCAGGCGGCUUCAUAGGAUGCGAUUCCCUCGACUUCCGUUGAAGCAGCUGCUGAGAAUAUUUCAGAGGCGACCAGACCAACCGUCGAACAUGACGUCUGUGCAGCUCGCAGAUAUGAGGAAGCCGUACGUGUCAGGGACGCUUCUAGAAAAGGAUUUGCCCACCCGGGAUCCUAUCGAGCUGUUCGAGUCGUGGUUUAACGAAGUUAAAGAUGCGGGUUCCAUGUUCGAACCAAACGCUGUCACACUUGCCACGACUACAAAAUCAGGAUUGCCUUCAUCCCGAAUGGUUCUCUUGAAAGGCUUCGGAAAAGAUGGCUUCGUAUUCUUUACAAACUAUGAAAGCCGCAAGGGAAGAGAGCUGGAAGAAAAUCCAAAUGCAUGUUUGCUGUUUUACUGGGACAGGCACUACCGGCAGGUUCGCAUAGAAGGCACGGUUGAGAGGGUGUCUGAAGAGGUGUCCGAGCGCUACUUCCACAGCAGACCGCGUUUGACGCAGCUGGCUGCUGUUGCGUCCACACAAAGUGCACCUUUGGAAUCCCGGGCUGCUCUUGAGGCUAAGUUCAAAGCCUUGGAGGAGGAGUACAAGGAUUCAAGCAAGGAAAUUCCAAAGCCAUCUUGGUGGGGAGGUUACUGCCUGGUCCCAUCACGCAUGGAGUUCUGGCAGGGACACUCCUCACGUCUGCACGACCGCAUUGUAUUUCGAAAGGGCAGCCCAUCUGGGGUGGCACAACUGGCUGCGCCUGGCUGGGUUAUGGAGAGGCUUUACCCCUGAGUUUUGUCCGUGUUACUGCUUUUAUUUUCCUGUGUCUCACUUAGCUGUUUGUUCACCCCUUCUUUUGUUUUCCCUCACUCCAUCUGUUUUUUCAUAGCUGUGGUCACGGGUGCAAUCCAUAGCAAAAAUUGACAAAAGUAAUGCAGCUGUAAGCUUUCCCUGUUAGUCAGUUAAGCCGAUUUGCAGCUACAGUUAACACAAUAAGUUACUAAAGCCAAAUACUGGUGGCUGCAUGACUGAAAAAGUGUGAUAUAUACAGCACGGAUGCUUCCAUACUACAGUUUGGCCCAGCCACAUCAUUAUUAGAACAGUUCGCUCACAAUAAUUCAAUAUUCUGAAUAAUUCAAAUCGCUCUUAAAAUUUAGUUGGUCCACUGUACUUUGAAAACAAUUUGAAGCUGGUUAAUUCGAACAGCCCUUUCGGUUAAUUCGGUCAGUUCAAGUUGGUGGCUUUGCAGAGCAGAGAAACGUGGCCAGACACUCAGUUUCUCACUAGGUCAUGUUUGUGGCUAACUUUCAUAUAGUACCUCAAAAACAGGAGUAUAAGUAUCAGUUCAGUUUAUUGGCCUUGUUUAUUGCCAGUGGCGUGCUGUUAUAUGACAUUAGUAUUUCUUACCUGUGGUGCAUCAGUUGUCAGAAUGUUGGGUAAUUCAAGGCUCAUUCGAACUGGAUUAAUUUAACGUUUAAUAGUAUUGAACUGAACACUCGCAAGCUGGGGUGAUGUAUUUUUGUUUAUGACGUUAGCAUAAAGGACAGUACACAAAAAGAGAACAGAGCGGGACAGUGACUUGUCUUUCAUUGUUUCUUUCUGUGCAGUCUCUUGCGUUAGUCCUAAUUAUGAAAGUGUUCAUUUAGAUAUAGAAUUAGGCACUAGUUAAACCACAGCCUGAAUAUAGAUGCUGAAAUGCGCCAUCGUAGGGCUAUUGCAGCACACAUAGUAUGACCACCAGCCUUCUGUUCUGUGCAUACAGUAGUGCUAUGAUUCCAGGUGGUAGCUGGGAAGAAGCCAUAAUUGCUAGAUGGCAACCUGCUUUUUGUUAUUGUUUAUCUGAUUGUGGUGUGGCUGUUAGAGUAAUAACACUAUUAUAUAUCAAAUAAUGGUUUGUAUAGCUUGAGCCUUUGAACAAGAGAUACAUUUCUGAUGACAAACAGAAACUUUCUUUUUAUUGCUUAGGCGGGAAAGCCACUGACAAUGGGGAAGGAGUAGUGCAAUUUCUCAUUAAGCUUAUGAUAUUUUCUGAAUGACUUUGUCCCAUGUGCACACUAUAUUUGUGCUCUAUAUUUUCGGGACCAUGUUACCAUAUGCCCCAGGUUACUACUUUUUAAUCAAAUUCUUGUUAGCACUUCUUGCUCACUUCUUAACACAUUGACAUGCGAGUUUUAAGUUAAUUGCUUUCAUAUUUAGGUUAAGAAAAUACAGUCAAAGGCUAUUUGUAGAGCAGCUCAAACAUGGAAGUUUUGUAAAUAUAUAUUUUGACUUCUGCUGCCCUGUUUUCUCUCAGGCACCAGUAUUGCAGUUACCAUUCUCUGUCAGUAAGUUUAAAUGCAUGCCUACCGCAAUUCCACCAUGAUUACUAUACUUUCUGUCUAGUAGACGGCCUACACACAAGCCUAUUAGAUUCCAUGUUGACUUUUUGUGGUGGCAUCAUGUUUCUAACACAGUCAGAUUUCAACAGUCAUGCACAGGGGAUGAUAGGGUUGAUUGCUAGCUCCUAUACCAUAUUAUGUGUAUUUGUACUACAGCGAUCGAGUGACUGGUGAUGCAAUGACACAUCUGUACUCUGACACAUCUGUCUAUACUCAAGUGCAAUGACCUUUGUACUUGUUUGUGCCUCCUGCCUGCAUGAAGGCCACAUUGUAAAACAUAACUGUGCUUCCAAUAAUAGGGCUUCCAACUUUUACUGAUGCUAGUAACGAGAACCGCAGCAAAUGCUUAUUUGUCUUUUUUUUUAAAUCAAGAAAGCUGUGUCUGUUGUGCAAAGCAUGACUGAACCUGGUGAAAUAAUUAUAGGUUGUGGCAUGUGACUUUGAGGGGUACAUUGAGUAAUGCGAGGCCUGAUUUUCGUGAGCUCAAGUAUUGAAUGAGUAUGUAGAAAUGGCUGGGCCCACUGUCCCAGGCUGUCACAUAGUCCUCUGCUUACAAGCUGUGCCGACUUUGAGGCCAUCACAUUAGAUAAGAACUGAGGGAAAUCUUUAAUAUCACGACCUUAUUUGUCUUUGAGGCAAAAUGAAUGUUUCUGGUUGAUUGGUGGGUCCUAACAUCUGAAAGUAUAAGCAAGGUGCCAUUGUGGGAGGCUCUGGAAUAAUUUUGACCACCUGGAAUUUUUUAAUAUACUUUCAAAGCACAAGACAGCCUUCAAAAAAAUUUUUUUAAUAUCGCAUGCACUCUCGCACAUGCUUUGGCAAUGUACCGUGUUACCUGAGGGCCCUCUCUCCAGUGAGCCCGAAUGGGAAGAAGCCCUCAAAAGCCCGGACCUCAAACUCCAACUCAAGGCCAUCCAGAGGGCCCAAGAACUGGCGGAGCGUCACCAAGUUCCCAUCCCGACUUGGGUGUCGCCUACGGUUUCGGCCCAAGGAGCUCCCCGCGUGCGAUCUCCAACGGCUUAGACCCCUCAGGUCCUCAAUGAAGUUCUUGACUGACUGAUAAUAUCGCAUGAGCAGCCACCGCAGAGCACGUCACUGGCUUUGUAGGAGUAAGGAUUACUCUUCAAGCAAACAGGCCAGCAGAUGGCAGUCGAACUGGAAAUCGCCUUGCAUGCUCACACAUACUGUCGCUGAUUUUGCCACCCUUAGUCGCUACAAGGCCGGUGACAUGCCACACAGUCGACACUCAGGUGAUACUAUAUUUUUGGGUGGCUGUAUAUAAGUGUUUCUGCAGUCCUCUCACAUCGCAAUGUGGCCACUUUGGUCAUAUCACGAAUCAGUAACCUUGCGCUCAGCAGCAGGACGCCAUAGCCUUUGAGCCCAAAUGUGAUGCACUCUUUAUUAUUUCAGUUGCAUGAUGUCAAGAUGGCAUCGCUAAACUUGCGUAGUCAGUACCACUCAUGGCAGUAAGUCGUUCUUGCAUUGAAUUCUGUGCUGUGAGGAUUGGGUGAUCUUAGUGCGGACUUAUUUCUGAUUUAUCCAGUUCUGUGCCACUGUUUCCCUGUGCGAUUUCUCAGACACAUGCUUGUUGUGUUGUGAACAUUUGAAGUAUACAGUGGAAGGGUCGUAGUCAUUAUAUAUAGCUUUAAGGACUUGUCUCUCUUUUUUUUUUUUUCUCACAAUGCACAUGGAUGCAUCAUCACUGUUUUAUGGCAGGCAUUCUUGGAAGUAAAAGGAUUUGUUUGCUAUGCA